GUCCACACACACCAGCUGCCCUCUCCUUUUGUUUACUGCUUCUGCACAAGAAAGGUUACCAUGCCACUAAACUUAACAUCAGCCGAGGAUGCAUUCAAAGCAGGUAAGAAUAAUAUUUAUCACUAUAUGUACCUAUACUACACAACUUAAUAUUCUUUAUAAAGCACUUAAGUUAAACUUGUUUCGUCGGAGUCAAGUUUUUAGGAAGUUCUGGCUAAUCUAGGUUAGCAAUGUAGCCAUGGGAAUUCCUUGCGCGUUCUGCUGAUAAUAAAGUAGACGUAUUCGGAAACGACAGUUUCAUUUAACUGUUACCUCUAUUUGAUUUAUCUGAGGUGAUCGUCUUAAAGCCUUUAAAACAAGUUUUUGUCUGUAAGUUUGUUAGUUUAACAGUCUUGCCUGUUACUGGCUACUGAUGCCCAUAAUUCAAUACCGUUAGAUGUUACUCACUGGCCAGCUGUUCCGCCGUAAAACAAUACCGAGCUGCCUAAAGCUCUCAACCUGCAUUAAAUAUUUAAUUUACUGGGAUAUUUUAAGUGUGAAUACUUGCACGCUAGUGUUUUGCACUUUUGUUUCUCGCGCUUGUAGUUUUGAACACCUGUAGCAUAACUUUUGUAGUCAGUUGGCGAGUUACAGUCAAACUGGGUUUGGUUUUUUUGUGGAUUGAUUGACAGUCGUGGAAGCCAAUGAGCGAUGAAAAAAUGUCUAGCGACAGUUGCACUGUCAUGGUUACGCAAAGCAUUGGAACAAUGGGAAAAGGAGGGCGGGACAGAUCUGCUAAGCAAGAGUGGAUGAGUCCAGUUUGCUCUUAAACUUUCGAGAAGUCAUGCGGACAAAAGACAAAAAAUAUCGGAGAGUGUCAAACUGUCUUAAAUAUAAGAGUCUAUUUAUGUUAAGUGUUACGCGUGUAACUCCACUCUUGUUUAUGUUUAUGUUUAACUGAAGUAGCAGCAAACAUAUGAAUGGUAGUGCACGUUCUCCUGUUGCCUAGCAACGCUACUGUGCCUCUCACCUGCGACAAAGCUGAAGGUGUUCUGUGAACAUUCAAGCAUGCACCUGGUCAAUGACUUAUACAAGAGAUCUGGAGCAGGACGUGUGACAUCACUCUACCAGCCCAUUUAAUGCUCCACCUCUGGAGUUGUCAGUGUAUGAAAGAGGGAACAAAAGAUGUUCAGACAAUCGGAGCAAAACAGGAGGCGUGGGAAUGCCCAGACGUUUGCUCGCAUAAGAGGGGUGGAGGUCGCUAGGGGAAGGACAGGCUAUGGCUUCACACUUUCUGGUCAUUCUCCAUGUGUGCUGAGUUGCAUCUUAAAGGGAAGUCCAGCUGAGUAUGUGGGCCUUCGUUCUGGAGACCAGAUCCUAAGUGUGAACGACAUCAAUGUGUCUAAAGCAUCUCACGAAGACGUUGUCAAACUGAUCGGCCGUUGCACAGGUGUCCUUCACUUGGUCAUUGCCGAAAGCAAUCAUAAUAGCACGCACCUAGAUUCAUGUUCAAGUGAUGAAGAAUUGGGGUUCCAUGACCCCAAGAGCCACUGGAUGAGGCCGAAGAUGGACUCGAAGACGCUAGGGAUAAACCGAGCUGAACGUGUUGUGGCAGAAUUGCAGUCUGGUGGAAUCUUUAACAUGAUCUUCGAAAAUUCCAGUCACUCAUCCAGCAGCUCGGAAAAAGCUUGUGCAUCUGCCCCUAAAACAAGGGCUCGCUCAGAGCCUGACCUCCCUUACGGUAAUGUUAGCGUUCAAAUGAGUGACCCCAACUUGCUCACUGAAGAAGAGAUGGCCAAAGUGCUCAAUGAUGACGCUGUGUUUGUGGAUGUGUUUGAACAGCAAGAUGAAUUUGCUCAGACAGCCGACUCUGCGGGGAUCCUCAAUGUUGGCAUGAUUGUGGGUUAUCUAGGAUCUAUUGAAUUAGCUUCAACGAGUGCCAAUUUGGAAAGCGACAGUCUUCAGGCAAUUCGGGGCUGUAUGCGACGUCUCCGAGCCGAACAAAAGGUGCACUCGCUGGUCCUGCUCAAAGUUAUGCAUGACUGUGUACAGCUCUGCAAUGACCGAGGUGCCGUUCUAGCCACUUACCCUGCCGAAAAGUUAGCUUUCAGUGCCGUGUGUCCAGAUGACCGCCGCUUCUUUGGCCUGGUCACCAUGCAGGCCACAAAUGACCACGGUAUGUAUAGGCGUGCAGAGGAGGAGCAAAGCUUGCGAACGUCUUGUCACGUCUUCAUUGUAGACCCAGAACUAUGUCAUCACAAGAUCCAUCAGAGUGUUUCCCGGCGCUUUGGGUUCGAAUGCACUCCAGACCCGGAUACCGGUGGAUGCUUGGAGUUCCCACCAACUUCUCAGCCGCUGUUACAGUUCGUGUCUGUGUUGUAUCGUGAUAUGGGAGAAUCAAUAGAGGGCAUGCGGGCUCGAGCUUUCCUUGAUGGUGACCUAGAUGCCCAGCAGAACAAUAGCACGAGUAGCAACAGUGAUAGUGGCAUAGGCAACUUCUUGCCGGAGGAAAAGAAUAACAGAGUCCUCUUGGUUGACCUGGGUGCUAAUACCGGUCGCCACAUUCCCACCGGAUUAUGGGAGAACCAACCAGGACCUCGGAACCAAAGUGUACUGGGAGGCCUUUCACCACCACCCCCGAUCUCGCAUCAUAACGGCUACUGCACUGACCAGUUCCUAGACCACCCUCAGCCACAUCCGCAUACCCACGGAGACCCACCUCCCCUUUCUGGCAGGCGUCUAAAUUCCUCUUCACGGCUGGAUGCGUCAGGCCUUCCUUCACGCUCUCACUACUCCACCCAUGGCAAGAAGGUGGCAGGGGCAUCGGGCCAGCGUUGGCUGCCUGUUCACGUCCUGAGAGACUGGCGUCAAGGACACAGCAGUGAUCAGGAGUCUUAUGCGGAGUCCACAGACGGAUGGUCCAGCGCUAACUGUAGCACCCUACCACCACCCAUGAGUAAGAUUCCAGCCGAUCGGUACCUUGCUGCAGGCGAAAUCGCCUCACAGCCUCACCGGCUUCGUGCACAAAAGGACGAGUGGGCGAAGAAGCUGUUUGGGGAAAGAACCCUACGGGAUCACCAGCAACAACAGAACAAUGGCAGGAGAAUUAAAGAUCCAGACAAAAAGGGUGGAAGAUUCAAGGGCAUCACUAUGGGUUUUCCUCAGCGUUCCUCCGGCAGACGAUCGUUCGGUCGGUCCAAGCGUAUCAGUAUGGCUCGCUCGCUAGAUGACCUUGAGUCUGCGACUGUCUCCGAUGGUGAGCUGAACAGUGGGGACUUGAAGGGCUGUGGCAGUGAUAACAGUCUGAAUAGCAAUGCCAGCCUACCCAGCGUGCAGUGCCAUAGACGCCACACUGAACGGCGUGUUGCAUCAUGGGCCGUCUGCUUCGAGCGCCUGCUGCAGGAUCCUGUCGGUGUGCGAUAUUUCUCGGAGUUCCUUAAGAAGGAGUUCAGUGAGGAGAACAUUUUGUUUUGGCAAGCGUGCGAAUAUUUCAGCCAUGUGCCCGAAACAGACAAGAAACAGCUGUCCCAGAUGGCCAGAGAGAUCUACAACAGCUUCCUCUCGAGUAAGGCCACCACGCCUGUCAACAUCGAUAGUCAGGCACAAUUGGCAGAUGACAUCCUCAACGCUCCAAGGCCAGACAUGUUUAAAGAGCAGCAGCUACAGAUCUUCAACCUGAUGAAAUUUGAUAGUUACACUCGCUUCCUAAAAUCCUACCUGUAUCAGGAAUGUAUGGUGGCAGAGGUGGAGGGACGGCCUCUUCCAGAUCCCUAUCAGGUCCCAAGCAGCCCCACAUCCAAACACAGUACAAGCUCCGACCGAUCCAACCUCUCGACACCAAAAAAGGUGCAGGACGACAAGAAGAGUAAAUCAAGCAGAUUGCUGCAUGAAGACAGCAGAGACGAACAGGGCGAUAAAAAGAAAAGCAUUUUCUUCUCCUGGUCCAGAAAUAGAAGUUUCGGAAAAGGAAAUAAGAAGAAGGAUCUUGCAGAAUACAGCUUUACAGGUAGUAACGGCCGGAGGGAAUCACAGGGCUCUUUGUCAUCUGGUGCGAGUUUGGAGCUAGCCACAUCUGGUUCUGGAAAAAAUGAGGGUGAGGUGUCGCGAAAUUCCAUGUUGUUGCCCGAGCGUUCAGCGCGUCACUGUAACAUUAACCUUCCGGACGGCUCGUGCUGCUCAGUACCCAUCAGGCCGGGCGUCUCCAUCAGAGAAGUGCUGUUAGGAUUGUGCGAGAAGCUCGGUAUUAAUCUGGCUGCUGUGGAUCUCUUCUUAGUAGGUGGAGAAAAGCCUUUAGUGUUGGACCAGGACUGCAUGACCCUGUGCUCCAGAGAUCUGCGGCUGGAGAAACGCACGUUAUUCCGAUUGGAUCUAGUGCCCAUAAAUCGUUCCGUGGGGCUGAAGGCGAAACCAACUAAGCCGGUUACAGAAGUGCUGAGGCCAGUGGUGGCCAAAUAUGGCCUGAAUUUAGGAGAGCUGGUGGCCAGGAUAAGCGGAGAGAAAGAACCCCUUGAUCUUGGGCUUCCUAUAUCUAAUCUGGAUGGACUGAGGGUGGUUCUGGAAGCAGCUGACCACAUUCCUGGAAAAGAUAAACAAAAGCUGGUCUCAUCUAAAAGUCACGGCCCACCUUUGUCUGCACGAAGCCAGUCUGCCACAGGGGAGGACAAUCCGGCAGGAAAGGCUUCGUCUGUGAAAACCAGGGCCCAGGUGGAAAAACGAAAACAGAAAAAGCUUAAUAUAGAUGAAGCUGAAGAAUUCUUCGAGCUCAUAUCCAAAGCACAGAGCAACAGAGCUGACGACCAGCGGGGUUUGCUGAACAAAUCCGACCUUGUCCUUCCGGACUUCCUGCGCCUUGACCCGGAAGCGGAUGGACACAACGUCAAUUUCAGCUCCACCCCCGUAUCCUACACGACCCGGCCCAGAUCCACGGAGAACGGCGCCGCCCUCAGUGCCAGCCACCAAUCGCAAAGCUUGGAUUCAGCAGUCGAGAGGAAAGCGCCUAGACGAGCCCUAAUGCCUCCCAAUAAAAACGCUGCCACUCAAAAUCAAUCACCGUUCAGUUCGUCACUAUCUCCGAUUCCGCACGUGCUAAAAGGGGGCUCAUCCGGGAUCACAGACUGGAGGAGCGAAGGAGGGGUCCAGGCCCUAGAGGAUGAAGAGAGCGGCACGGACCUCACAUUUGUCGCCGAAGGCGACAUCACAAGCCCUAACAGCUCGCUUCUUCCUCAGUCUCAUAUGCUUCUCCCUACAUCCCCAGACCGACGGCACCUCUUGAGGGAGGGCACGUACCAGGACAGCCGGGCUCGAUCAGUGAAAACUGAAAGACGUCAGAGAGAAAGGACCAGCGUUUCCAAAUACUCCCACAAGAGGGCACCCUCCGCUCCACCUCCAGCUCCUCGACCUCCCCCACAGAGGGUCAGAGGCAAGCGCUCUCCUCUCCCCAUGCGAGGUGCUCUUGAUGUUGACGGGAUCCAAUGCGACGACCUCGGUGGUCGGCAUGGAGACAGCGGAGGUCUGGACAGUGUGGCUGGGGAUCUGAAAACCUGCAAGGGAAGAAUGAGAACAGGAGUUUAUCAGACCUCAGACCAAGCGGAGCAGCCGCAUGUGAAGAAACCUAUCGAUCCAAGAGUAAGAAGAGCAAAUAAAUCGUCGGUUAAAGCUUCAAACAAGAAGAAUAGUCAGGUCAAGAAUAAUGCCACUUUUGUCUGAUCUGAAAAUAAACAG